AUGGAAGCUGUUGUGGGUGAUAUUUUGGUACUUCCAUUUUUUGGUCAGGGCCAUCUUUUUCCGUGCAUUGAGCUAUGCAAACGCCUUUCCUCUUACAAUUACAAACUUAUUCUCAUCAUCCCUUCUCAUCUCUCCUCCUCCGUACCUUUCUCUCUACACCAGACUCAUUCUUUAGUUGAAGUGCUCAAAAUCCCAGCUUCAUAUUCACCUUUUCCUCCGCCGCCGCUAGAGUUGGGAGCACCACCACCUUUGUCACCUGAAGAAGGGUCUACACCCGGACCUGGAAAUGGACAAGGGCCUAGGCCAAAUCACCUUCACCAUCAGGAGUUGGGCAAAGGGAUUGAGUCAUUUAUCACUGACAGGUACAAGAAUCCGGGUCAGACCCGACCCUUAUGUGUAGUAAUUGAUGUAAUGAUGAGCUGGAGCAAGGAAUUAUUCAAGAAAAUGCAGAUACCUAUAGUGUCAUUUUUCACCUCUGGUGCUUGUUCUGCUGCUGUGGAGUAUGCUGCGUGGAAAUCCCAUGUGGAUGAUAUGAAACCCGGUGAGAUCCGGUUGUUGCCCGGGUUACCCGAAGGCGUGGCCUUGAGUUAUUCGGACCUUAAAAGAAGGGCUCGACCACCUUCGCGGUUCCCGAAAAGUGGUCCUCGUGGACCGGGCGGACCACCAAGUGGAAUGAACUUUGGCCCUCCUGAACCGGGACAACCACCGAGAUGGCUAGAAGAGGCGGACAGUUCGACUGCCUUGUUAAUCAACACGUGUGAUGAUUUGGAACAACCGUUUCUUGAAUAUAUAUCCAGUCAAAUUGGAAAAGCAGUUUUGGGUGUUGGUCCAUUGUUGCCAGAAAACUACUGGAAAUCAGUUGGGUCCGGUUCAAUUCUUUUUGACGGAAGGUCGAACCGAGAUUCAAAUUACACGGAAGAUGAGGUAGUUCAGUGGUUGAAUUCAAAGCCAAGUCAGUCAGUCAUUUACGUGUCAUUUGGUAGUGAAGUUGGUCCAACACUGGAAGAAUAUGCUGAAUUAGCAGCAGCACUAGGAGAGUUGAACCAGUCAUUCAUAUGGGUAAUUCAACCCGGUUCCGGAAGGCAAGGUCCACCACCCGGGUUUUUUGGAGGGAAACCCGGUUCAGAUAAUGAUGAAGGAUACUACCCACAUGGGUUGAAAGAAAAAGUUGGUGAUAGAGGACUUAUUAUAAAGGGAUGGGCCCCACAAUUAUUAAUUUUGAGCCACCCAUCAACUGGAGGAUUUUUGUCACACUGUGGAUGGAAUUCUACCGUGGAAGCAACUGGACUUGGGGUCCCAAUUUUGGCAUGGCCAAUUAGGGGUGACCAAUUUUAUGAUGCAAAAUUGGUGGUGAAUCAUUUGAAAGUGGGGCGUAUGGUUUCAACAGGGGGUGACUCUGCAGAGAUGGUAAAAAAGGAUGAUAUAAUGCAACAAAUUGAGAAAUUGAUGGGUGAUGAGGAGGUUCAUAAUAAAGCAACAGGGUUAGGAUACAUAUUUGGGAAUGGUUAUCCAUCAACAUCAAUGGCUUCUUUGAAAGCAUUUCUUGAUCUUAUAACUCAAUAG